CUCCACGUUUCUUCCAGGGCUCUUGGUGAUGAACUGCUUAAAUAAUUUCAAGCUCGGCUCAGUUUCCAUAAUGGCAUACACCCCUGGUGUGAAUCAAUGGUAUUUAUACCAGAAGCCUCGUCCAGUCAAUGAAGAAUACUCUUUCCCAACAUCCUCCAAUUCACUCUAAGAUCCUAAGGCCCAAGCAAAGACACGCACUCACAAUGUCUCUUGCUCAGAACCACCACGUUAUCCAGCUUCCUACGACUCCCUCAACCAUUCGGGCUCUAGAUCCCCGUAUCAUUGCCCAGCAAUGGAUCACUAGGCUAGAGGCCCAAUUGGCUAGUGGUAACCUCUCCCAGGUCUCGGAGCUCUUCCAUGAAGAAUCAUGGUGGCGGGACAUGUUAGCCCUGGACUGGGACUUCCACACAGUUCAAAAUCGUAGCGGCAUUCAAGACUUCGUUAGUCGGAAUCAGCCCCGAGCCCAGCUGUCGGCCUUUCGUCUUCAGCAUGAAGGCAAAUUCCAGCCCAAGCUAGACAGGCCAGUGAAAGGGCUGAGCUGGAUCUCUUCGAUAUUCUUCUUUGAGACCCGGGUUGGUCGUGGAUCUGGUGUCCUCCGCCUCACCCAGAACGAGGUUGGAACCUGGAAGGCUUAUUCGGUUUAUACUUCUCUUCAGGAGUUGGACAACUUCGAGGAGCCUCUUGGUUCGAAACGGGCUGAAGGGACAAUUGAGACCAUGCCCGGUGGCUUGAGCAAAGGAAAUUGGCUCGAAAGACGGAAGAGGCAGCUUGAGUUUAUGGAUGAGGAGCCUACAACUCUAGUUGUUGGUGCUGGCCAAGCUGGUCUAAACACAGCAGCGCGACUUCAAUCACUUGGAGUAUCAUGUCUCCUCGUCGAUCGAAAUGAGAGGAUCGGUGACAACUGGAGGAAGCGUUAUAGGACACUGGUUACUCACGAUCCCGCCGAGUUCACACACAUGGCAUAUCUCCCAUUUCCGAAGAACUGGCCCCAAUUCACCCCGAAAGACAAGCUCGGUGACUGGUUUGAAGCAUAUGCCAGUAUCAUGGAGCUCAACGUGUGGCUCAAAACCGAUGUCAAGUCUGCGGUAUACGACGAUGCCAAAUCAGAGUGGACGGUAAAUCUAACUGGGGGUGAUGGUACUGAGCGAACAAUCCAUCCCCGUCAUCUUGUCUGGUGUACCGGCCACUCAGGUGAGCCAAAGGUUCCCAGCUUCCCCGGACAGUCGCAGUUCAAGGGAACCGUAUACCAUGGUAGUCAACACCAUGAUGCCUCAGAAACCGAUGUCAACGGGAAGAAGGUAGUCGUGGUUGGAACUGGAAACAGUGGUCAUGACAUCGCCCAAAAUUUCUAUGAGAAUGGAGCCGACGUGACUAUGCUCCAGCGGAGAGGAACAUAUGUUAUCACAGCCGAAAAGGGUGUUUUCAUGAUGCAUGAGGGUCUUCACGAAGAAAAUGGACCCCCGACAGAAGAAGCAGAUCUAAUGGCAGAAUCCCUACCCUUCCCAGUCCAAUUCGCCCUAUCCGUCCACUUCACAAACAAAGUACGCGCGAUAGAAAAAGAAACCCUAGAAGGUCUCGAACGAGCCGGCUUCAAGCUCGACUUUGGCGUCGACGGAGCGGGAAUCUCCCGUGCAUACAUGACCCGCGGCGGAGGCUACUACAUCGACGUCGGAUGCAGCCAACUGAUCAUCGACGGUAAGGUCAAGGUCAAGCAAAGCCCCGAGGGAAUCUCAGAGUUCAAUGAGCGCGGUCUUGUCCUGAAGGAUGGCAGUACAUUGGACGCAGAUAUCGUCGUCCUUGCAACGGGAUACGAUAACAUGCGGACGACCGUGCGAAAGACGCUGGGCGAUAAGGUGGCGGAUCGCUGCAGAGAUGUUUGGGACUUGGAUGACGAGGGAGAACUGAACGCGAUGUGGCGACCAAGCGGCCACCCAGGCUUCUGGUACAUGGGAGGAAAUCUGGCUCUGUGUCGGAUCUACUCCAAAUUCUUGGCUUUGCAAAUUAAAGCCAUUGAAGCGGGUCUCGUAGCAGGGAAUUGAUAAAUGUCAACUUACUAAAUUUCAAAAUCAUAAUGAGUAGUUAUGCAAAUGGGUUGCAGUUUUCCAUCG